AUGGCUGGUUACCCGCACAUGACUGCAUUCAAGACCAAGAGGUCCAAAGAGGAUGUCUUCCCGUGGCUAGGGCACGAGAGCUGCUGUAAUGCGAUCGAGUUGUCUUCCAAUCUGGCACUGGGGUUGGAGGGACAAGAAGCAACCACUGUCAGCUUUCAACCCCCAGUGUCGGGAAGAAUUUCCAAAUCGUGGAGCCGCUCGGCAAGAUCGGUAUCUUUUACAGAUAUUAACUGGCUGCCGAUAAAGACAGCGUGCAAGGAUUCAAGUCCCGGGAAAAAGAGUUACGACAAGUGUAUUUUCCGAGUGGACAGUUUCACUCUAGCAACCUUUUUUUUCCUUGACUUGGAUCGCAUUGUGGAAUACCUCUGGGCAAAGCCCUCUCCGUUACAUGUCGAGUGGCAGUUUGAAUUCCAAUACUAG